UCUAUAUGGAUGACAAUCUGGACUGUGUUUGUCGGUUCUGUUUGCGUCAUCGCCGGCAAAUGUGGCCACUGGGAGCAUUGCACCAGCAGCAUCCCUCUUUUCUGGAGAAAGUCUACCAGUGCACUCAGAUCAACAUAAUCGACGUGGAUGAACUGCGGAGUUUCGUGUGCUUAAGCUGCUAUCGCAAUAUUGAAAGAUUUUGCGCCUUUCGAAAGAUGCUGCAAGGCAAUCAGAGCGAUUUCCUGGAACGAUUUCGUUUGGAACAGCAGGAAGGGCAAGAAGAAUCAUACGACGGAAAGGAUGACCACCAACAGCUGCAGGUUUCCUAUCAUUUUCUAAGCGACGUAGAUGACUCGGAGUACGAUUCCGAUGUGCCAAUGUUGGAGCGUUGCUGGGGAGGUUCGGCCCAAAUACUGGACGACCAGCACGAACCGACCGAUUUCGGUUUCGAUGACGAUUGGUUGGAAAGGAAUCUGUUUCGUGAGCCAAGCUUACCGACCGAAAGUGACGAUGAUUCUGCCAGUGAGACAAUAAAAUGUGAAACGUGCCUUAUGAGAUUUCCGCGUCGAAUCGGUGGAACCGGCAAAGAAACAAUCGACGAACACUAUUGCGUUCUGCCUUAGAAGAACAAUUUCGUAGAAUUUAACAUUGUAAAUAGCAAAUUGA